GUUCUUUAACGUCAUUGAUUUUCAGGAUUGUGUUAGGAAGAUAUAUAUAUAUAUGCCCAUCUAUUUUUCUAGACACAUUAUAGUGGAAGGAUAAAGUCGAAGUCCGGCCAAAAUUAUUUAUCAUUUUCUUGUUUUUUUCUUUUGUUAAAUUUCGCUUUAUUUUUAGCUUUUGAGCUGAAUUAAACGAUGAGCUGUGGAUCCGAGGAAUGCAUCAAAGUGAUCGUUGUGGGUAAUUGUGGUGUUGGGAAAACGUGUCUACUACAUCGUUUUGUUUGUUGUAGCUUUAUUGAUCUAUAUACCAAGACAAUUGGGGCUGAAUUUCUCGAGAAAGAUGUCUUUUCUAGUGAAUCCCAGAUUGCGGUAAAACUCAUGCUAUGGGACACGGCUGGGCAGGAGACGUCCAGCGCCCUUACCCAGGGCUAUUACUAUGGAGCCGGUGCCGCGGUCCUUGUGUUUAGUACGGUGGAUCAUGAUAGCUACACUGAUGUGGCGAAAUGGAAGCAAAAAGUAGAGUUCGUUUGUGGACCCAUUGUGAUGGUGCUCUGUCAAACCAAAUAUGAUCUCUUUCAUGAAUCUUCUGUUACAGAUAGAGAGGCUGUAGGGCUAGCUGAGGAGUUUCAGCUUCCGUUGUUUCGUGUCUCUAGCAAGGAUAACUUUAAUGUUUUUCAGUUAUUCGAGUUCAUCGUUCAGCAGUGUCUUGUAGUUGAAGAGAUUGAUGGGUCUGAAAAGUUCUCAAGUCAAUUCAAAGCCUUAGACACGGAAAGUGGAUGUGCCGUAAAUCGCGCUAAGGAAAGUGAAUAUCGAGCCAGAAAAUCGCAUAAAGAUUCGCUUGAUUCAGGUCUAGUUCUGCAAAAAGUGACGACCGCCGUCCCGAUUAUUACAGAUGGACAUACUUAUAGACCUGCGUCAGACUUUUCGGACGUCAAAGCCCAAAUCCCACAAAAAAGACAGAAAUCCACGAAGGAAAAUCAGGAGAGGAUGAAACUACCAUCAUCUUCAGUGUCCAAGAAAAACCGAAGGUGCAAAUGCACGCUUGUUUAAUAUUUUUUUUUGUAAUUUGCUAUAGUUUUUAGCUUUCUAGAGGUUUGUGACCAAUUUAGUUCCUCUUCUAAUUAUAUAUAUGCUCUCAUGUUAGCGUUAUAAUAAUUAUUAUAAGGCCAUCAUGGAAGCGCCCAAAAGGAGUUUAAAAAAACCAAAGAGCCAUAACGGCAUGAUUCUCAAUGCCUUAUAGAUUUAUAUGCGUCUUAACAUGUUUUUCUUUGCGUUUGUUUUCUAUUGCCCCCUGUUUUAUACAUUUUUUACUAGAGCAAAGGGAAGACAGGGAAAAUGAUAAUGAGUCUCAAUCUUAAUUAAUCGUUAUUUACUUUAUGAUAAUUACCUAAAUUACAACGCGAUAUUUAUCCCCUUUCAAAGUACAAAUAUCAGAUACUACAAUGAAAUACCCUUUAAAGAGCGUUACGAGAAAGUGGGUACCAAAUAUACAGAACAAGUGUGAGAGGGUCUGUCUUGAUUAACGUUAUUGCUUUUAUAAACUCUUUAUCCUUUUGGUUAGGAUAAAUUUACCCUUAGACAUUAUAGUACGUUACUAAUGAACUCAUAUGAAGGUUACAGGGCGAAGAUUCGUUUGCUUUAGCUAAAAAUGCGGAACAAAUAGAGAAAGAAACUGUACGCAAGAUGAAUCUAGUAAUGCGUAGUGUGUGUAGUGUAGGUAAGAGCAAUUUAUUGUCUCUUUUCGUUGAGUAUCCACUUUUUUCUGUUUACAAGGCCUCUUGAAGUUACUGUAACAAUACUAUACUUCCUGGAAGAAGUCUGCGCUUCUCAUGGGAGCACCAGGGUGAAUAUUUUGAAUAUUAUUGAUAGCGGUGAAUCAACACUGGGAGCCAUUCUUACUAUUAUGCCUCAUAGUGCAACAGCUUGAUUUGAGCAAUUCUUAAAAAUGGUUUUGUGUAUGUCUGAUGCACAUAAAAUUGACUAAUAUCGUGACAGCCAUCUAGUUAUUUUUCUGAUAAAUUGCAUUCAUCCUAGAACGCUGGACCACGCUGUUUAGGGAGUGCAACACGUUCCGUACAACUGCUGCAUUGCUUUUACACUAAACUUCAGAGUUGUACCUAAGGAAGCGCACAAUAUCGAUCUGGAUGAUGCUACUGAAGCGUGUAUGCAGUUUAAGUGUACCACAAUGCCCUUUCUAUUUCAGAUUCUUGAACGCCGUUCUCCCUCACUUUUGUUUUCUAUUCAUGCCUUUGUUGUGUCAAUUAGCGCCAGGAUUGGUUUUAACAUCAGUGGCCUCCUUGCAUGGCUCAAGGCUCUAAUGCACUCCUGAGCACUGUUGCGCGGGAGAAGCGCUUGCGUGAACUGCACACUGAAUUCAUGACGGUGACAAUGCGCAUUCUAACACAAUACUUCUAUUCUUGUCAGCCGUCUCAAUUUACUAGAUCCCUGGCAACCCUGCCUCAAGACAAACCUUAGAGAAGGACGUCGGAAGCGUUAAAGAUCUUUAAGAUAUAUUUCAUUGAUUUGCUUUCCGUUCUGUUGAAUUCAAAGAAGGCUACUCAGGAUGUCGGUGCUGAUUUUUUUUUUAUGAAGAUAUUUUAGGGGACAAGCACGGAGAUAUGGAACGGGUGAAUUUUGGGGAAAAAAGGUCUGUGGUAUCGAUAGUGGCCCUAGGUAACCACUUCUCGAACACUAUAAUAGAAUUACAAGGGGAUCAAAUUCGCACAGCAAACGUGCAAAUUGAAUAAUGACUUCCGUCGAACGUAUAUCCAGCAUAAACUUUUUUCAGAUCAAAUCGCCUCCAGGAAUCACUUGAAAUGUAGAAGCAAGUUUUGCUACAUUAAGUUUUCUGUUGUAAAUCCUCCUGCAUAUCGUGUAAUAUGAUAUUGACAACAACUAUAACACAUCUUCUGUAGUUCAACAGUAACAUGACUACUGCCGUAACAACAAUGUAGGUAUGUCUCUCAAGAGAAUAUAACUCCUAGACACUGUUCAUGAUAAGAGUACACCCUGUAAUUUUUUUUUGCCUGCAACUAGGAAACGACGAGGUUACGGAAGAUAUUUAUAAAAUGAUCAGGUCAUUGAGUAAGUGGUCAGAACCAAUACGUAUUGAUUUUGGUAGCAUAUGAUGCUAGUAAAUGGGCCCCUGCAUUCAUAUUAUCUCUGGCCGCUGAAAACAUGCCCACCGAAUUUCACACAACAAUUGUUUUUUUGUUUGUCAGGACAAUAUCACAAGCAAGGUAUUCGAUAUGUCAGCCAUGGUAAAACAAAUGGAAAUUGCACUGGCAUUUACCAGUGUAAGUCAAGUUAAGUCUGAACGCUAUGAGUCCGAUCGAGUGAACAUUUUAGAAGAGUCAACGGAAUCAAAGAAAUUCGCAGUACAAUUCCCUUAAGUGUCCACCAAAAAAAAGUACAAACUCUAUUUUCAGUUGCAAUAUUUAUUAUUGUACAAAUCUAGAACUUCGUUUUCCGAACUUCGAGCUUUUCCUUCAUUAGGACAUGUUUUGUAUCACGAAAAUGUUCUAACAAGAGAUAAAAAAUUCCAAUUUACGUAUGUUGUUCUUUUGCUGCAGUAUCAGGAAGAGGGUUGCCUUGGAAUCAAUGUGACACUUGGUCUGAUAUAAAUAAUCCCCUUUGUAUUUUUCAAAUCACUAUACACAUCAGUAUAUGAACAUAUUUUCAAUAAGCUUACACAGAAGAAAAGAUGAUAAAUGUAUAGAAUACUCGUAGCCUUUAUCCCCUUCCCCCCCCCCCCCUCCCGCUGACACACACAAAAUGAAUAAAAAAUUUGUCAAAAUCAAAAGCUUUAGGUCUUUUCUUUAAUGUGAAUCAACUGACAUGUGAAAAAUAUUAAGCUGUUUUUCCUUGUUCUGGGUAUCGAUAUCAUUAAUACAAAUUUCUAUCUUAGAAAGCUAUGCAGUUUGGAUAUUAUAUUGAUCAUGUUAUUUGUGCAAGUAACAUGCGAUGUAUUAUAAUUGGGAAUAUAUGGUUCAGUAACUUUGAUAUCCACAUUUAUGUUAUUGAGAAUUUUCCUAUGUAAAUAAAGCGAACAAUUCCCAAAGGUGUGGUAACAGUGCUGAAAUUAUAUGAGCUUCAGAUUCCGUUGUCAACGAAUUUAGGAUGACUCGUUGAACUAUGUACACAAAAUGGAUGCCCAUAUUUAUUGGCAGUUAAAACCAAUGGGAUGCUAGUCAUUUUUCCCCAUCGUUUACUAUUCAUAAAGUAGGAUACUUCCUAUUUGAAAACUUACCUUUUGAUCGAACGCAAAGCAAAUUUUCGUAUUCUCAAACUUUUUUAUGGAGUUUUUCAAAUCCUUCAUAUUUUGAUCAAGUGUUUGUGACUAAAA